GCAGAGAACAGUAAGAGGAAGUAAAUAAAGAUGCAGAGAGAGAGAAGCUGGUAAUAGAAUAUCGUUAAUGCCGGUGGUCAUCUUCGCAGGAAUAACCCAAAACCCAUUUUGCUCAUGAUCUAGGUAAAGGGAAGAAAAUGGCAUUUGUCACCGCGAACUGGAAUCCUCUGGGCGAAGCCUUCUACAGGAAGAUCGAGCUGUAUGUGAUGGGCUGGAACCUAAAGGAGGGACUAAAAGACUGUCUGAUUGCCGCAGCGCCAUACGGGGGUCCUAUCGCCCUGUUGAAGGGACACCAGAAGCGCUCUCCCACUGCUCGGCCCCAGCUGGAGAUCUACUCUGCAUCCGGCUCUCUCCUGGCCAGCUUCUUGUGGAAGAGUGGCACAGUCGUGGCCCUGGGCUGGACAGUCAGCGAUGACCUGUUGUGUGUGCAGGAGGAUGGUUCUGUUCUGCUGUAUGACCUGUUUGGUGACUUCAAGAGGCAUUUCAGCAUGGGCAAUGAAGUCCUUCAGAACCAUGUGAUUGAAGCUAAGGUCUUCCACUCACCCUAUGGGACAGGGGUAGCUAUACUGACUGGAGCAUUCAGGUUUACCCUGGCAACCAACAUUGAUGAUCUCAAACUGCGUCGCUUGCCUGAGGUCCCAGGGCUACAGGGGGCGCCCUCAUGCUGGGCUGUGCUAACUCAGGACAGACAGACCAAGGUGCUGCUGGCCAGUGGGAGUGACCUGUACAUACUGGACAACACAUCCUGCACUGCUGUGACACCCCCAGGCAUUGACCCCCAGGUCAGCAGCUAUAUUCAGAUGGCCAUCUCCUUCAGCUAUAAAUACCUGGCCUUGUUCACAGACGCAGGGCACGUGUGGAUGGGCACUUCCAACCUCAAGGAAAAGCUCAGCAAAGUGGACACCAAGGUGCGCACCCCACCUAAGCAGAUGGUCUGGUGUCGCCGGCCCAAGAGCCAGCAGCCUUCAGUGGUGGUGAUGUGGGACCGACUGCUCCUGGUGGCUGGAGAGUGUAAUGAGACCAUCCAGUAUCACUUGGACGAUGAUUCGAUUCUGAUUCCAGAGCUGGACGGCGUCAGAAUCAUCAACAGCACACACCAUGAGAUGCUUCAAGAAGUACCAGGGCCCUGUGAGGAGAUUUUUAAGAUUGCUUCCAUGGCCCCUGGUGCUCUGCUGUUGGAGGCACACAAGGAAUACGAGAAGGAGAGUCAGAAGGCAGACGAGUAUCUCCGGGAGAUAAAGGAACAAAGUCUGCUGGGGGAGGCAGUCAGACAGUGCGUGGAAGCUGCUGGCUUUGAGCAUGAGCCAGAGACCCAGAAAACACUGCUGAGGGCCGCAUCCUUUGGGAAGUGUUUCCUCAGUAAUUUCCCUCCCGAUCUCUUCGUCAGCAUGUGCAGAGAGCUGCGGGUCCUGAAUGCAGUGCGUGACUAUACCGUGGGCAUUCCACUCACACACCCUCAGUAUAAGCAGAUGACGGUGCAGGUGCUUAUAGACAGGCUGGUGUACCGCAGGCUCUAUCCUCUGGCUAUAGAGGUCUGCCGCUACCUAAAGAUCCCGGAGUACCAGGGUGUGAGCAGAGUGCUGAAACACUGGGCCUGCAACAAGGUGCAGCAAAAGGAGGAGCCUGAUGAUGUUAUUGCACGGGCUGUGAAUCAGAAGCUAGGCGAUGCAGUGGGGAUCUCAUAUUCAGAGAUAGCGGCGCGGGCUUAUGAAUGUGGCAGGACAGAGCUGGCCAUCAAGCUCUUGGAGUUUGAGCCUCGCUCCGGGGAGCAAGUGCCCCUUCUGCUGAAAAUGAAGAGAAGUCAGCUUGCUCUGAGCAAAGCGAUUGAGAGUGGGGACACAGACCUGGUGUACACUGUGGUUACCUAUCUGAAAAAUGAGAUGAACCGUGGAGACUUCUUCAUGACUCUGAGAAACCAGCCAGUUGCUCUGAGUCUGUACAGACAGUUCUGUAAGCACCAAGAGCAGGACACACUGAAGGACCUGUUCAACCAGGAUGAUGAUCAUCAGGAGCUGGGAAACUUCUAUGUUAGAGCCAGCUACAGAGAGGGGAAACUGGAGGCACGCUUAGCUGCCCUGCAGAGUGCAGUUGAUGAAUACAACAAGGCCAAGAAUGAGUUCGCUGCCAAGGCCACAGAGGAACAAAUGCGGCUGUUGCGGUUUCAGCGGCGAAUGCAGGAGGAGUUUGACCGGCCCUUCAUGGAUUAUUCCCUCCAGGAAACGCUGCACAGCCUGCUCAUGGAAGGCCGGAUCCGGCCGGCAGAACAGCUUUACAAGGACUUCCGCAUUCCAGACAAGAGGUACUGGUGGCUGAAGAUCUCUGCUCUGGCUGAGAAGGAGGACUGGGAGGAGCUCGAGAAAUUCUCCAGGAGCAAGAAAUCUCCCAUUGGAUACUUGCCCUUUGUAGAAAUCUGUGUGAAGCAUCACAACAAAUAUGAGGCCAAAAAGUAUGUUUCCAAGGUCACACCAGAGCAGAAGGUGAAGGCACAUCUAGCUGUGGGGGAUCUGGAGGGGGCAGCAGAGGCAGCCAUCGAGCGGCGCAGCGAAGGAGAGAUUAGCUUGGUAUUGUCCCAUUGCCCUCCCUCUGCUGACCGUAGCCUGGUGGACCGCCUCACCCGUGCACGCACCACUGCCAGCAAGAAAUAGCCCUUGAAACACAUGGCUUCACCCAGAGAGCGCUUGCACACCCCUAGAGAAAGCUUAUCCAUUGUGGAGAGAGUCAGUCUUAGGAGGGUUGAGGACCAGCCUAGCCUAGAAGAGACCAUGCACUCCCAAGAGCUCCUGUUAACCCCACACAAAUUCCUCUUCACCUAGAGAUUUAAGUCAUCUACAGAGUUUGGACGAUGGUUCUAGUGCUUUUUGGCCAGCAGGGCCUAACCUCAGACAGUUCAUGUCCGCACUCAUCUUGGUUUAUCUGAAUUCCAGUUGAGCUCUCAACUGUUUGUUUAAAUUAUUCACACCUGCAUACCUUACAUGUACAAAGGCACACAUGGACAACAUGUACUCAUAUAUGUUCCUUAACCUACCCUUUGACUUCUACCCAAACAGAGAAGGAAAGACUGCAGGGUCUGAAGUGAAAUUAACUGCUCUCCUCAGUAUUUCUGUGCUGCAUUUUUCAGUGUAAAUUGCUGUUGAUAAAAUUAAACUUUGUGACUUCAGUUCCAA